GUAUAAAGACGACCCUUACGACAGAGUGUGGGCCCCAGCUGUACGCAAACAUGGACUAAUUGACGUUGCAAGUGAUGCUCCCCAUAUUCGAACCGGUAUAUUAGACCGGCCUCCCUAUGCAGUGCUCCAAAAUGCAAUGACUGCAGUUAACCCAUCCGAUAGGAUAAAAUUUCGAUUGCAAUUCCCUCCGGUUAAUUUUAAUAUCUACUUAAGUAUGUAUUUUUCCGAAGUGGCUAUGCUCAACACAACCACCGAAAAAAGAUCCUUUCAACUUCUUAUAGACGACGAACCCGUUUUGGAUAGUCCGAUUGUACCGCCUUAUGGGAGUUGCCUCGAAGUGUACGAUAGCAAUAUUACGGUUUUUUCGAAUAUUACAUUUGCUUUGGCCCCUAUGGAGGAAUCGACAUUGCCACCUAUUAUUAAUGCAAUGGAAAUUUUCCUUAUCGGAGAUUUGCUCGAAGAUGGAACCGAUAGCAAAGAUGUUGAGGGAUUAUUGAUUUUGCAAAGUGCUUUCGGUGUGCUACAAGAUUGGAGCGGCGAUCCGUGUUUACCGAAGCCUUAUUCGUGGGAAUGGAUCGAGUGUAACAGCGACCCUAGGCCGCGAGUAACAGCACUGUAUCUUAGUAGCUUUGAUCUCACAGGGGUGGUUCCAGAUUUUAGUACAAUGGAUGCACUUGAAACAAUAGAUUUUCAUAAUAACACCUUAAAAGGGCCAAUCCCUGAAUUCCUUGCCACAUUACCUAAUCUUAAACAACUGAAUCUGGCAAUCAACGAAUUCAGCGGCCCUGUACCGGAUUCUUUGUCGAAGAAAAUCGGCCUAAAUUUAGUGGUAACAGGCAAUCCUGAUCUCUGCACAUCAGGGAACUCUUGCAAGACUUAUACUAGUUCUUCACUAACCGAAUAAUCGAGGAUUGGGCUAUUCUGCACUACGACGAAGAUGAAGAAAAAGAUAAGUUUCUUCGAUUUUUGUUAUCUGAGUUUAAGUUAUUAAUAUGUUAGGCUAUUUUCAUAGUAAGUUCCCGAUUAGAAGUUAUCGGUUCAGGGUAUAUUAGUUGGCACCAACAAAUACCGAUAAUUCCUUCGUUACCAAAAAAAAAAAAAAAAAAAACGGAAUUAGGAGCCAUGAAUAAGUCAACGAUGACAAGGAAGAUUUUUGUGCAAGAAUCUAAAUGCCAGCAAAGUGUUGCAGCUAAAUCUACACCAAUCAAAACAUACCAAGAUACUGCCUGAUACUUGAAAGGUUUCGAUAUAUUUUCGAGAUC